CCCCCUCCGCCAGACCUGGGCAGAGCGCGGCCUCCAAAGCGACCAGGGCCAAAGCGCGGAGGGACCCUUCUUCUCUGGCUCGCCCCCAAACAAGGCUCCCUGAUGUUCCGCCAAGCGCUGCUCAAUCACCGCUCGGCCCGGAUGCUGCCCCUCGUGGCCGCCCUGCUGCUCCAGCAGAAGGAGAGGAAAGACACCGGCCUCUAUCACUGGCGGAAGGAGAAACAUAAGUACUACAAUCUCACAGUAAAAGUUCUCCGAGCCAGAAAUAUUAAAGGAACUGAUUUGUUAUCCAAGGCAGAUUGCUAUGUGGAACUGCGGCUUCCCACUGCAUCACCAAUUACUCGUCGAACUAAAGUUAUUGACAACUGCAGUGAUCCUGAAUGGAAUGAAACAUUUCACUUUAAAAUUCACAAUGCUGUCAAGAAUACUUUGGUGUUGGCACUUUUUGAUGAAGAUGUUCUUGUAAGCGAUGAGCUUACAUCUGUUAUAUUUGACGUGACAGGGCUUAAAGCGGGGCGUCCUCUGAAAGAGACGUUCAAGCUGAAAGAAGAUGGAGAAGAACUGGAUGUAGAGUUUUUUCUAGAGAAAAGUUCCGAUGCUCCCGGUGAGGUUGUCACAAAUGGAGCCCUUGUGGCUUAUCCUUGUCUUCGUCUGGCAGGGGUAAUUAAGAAAAAUGAAAACUCAAAGCUAAGAGAACAGGGAAGCAACCAGUUCAAGCUUUCACUGCCAGGAUCCUAUGAAAAUCAAUUGUGCGUCCCUUAUAAACCAGAUUCUGAUCAGAGUGUAGGAGUUCCAUUUGUUUUUCACAUAGGCAAACAAAUGCCUUCAGAGCUGGGUGUGGAAUUGGAGAGAACUGUUAGAGUCCAUCAGGUUGGAGGGAGUUCUGAUGCUGAAGAGCAUCACAUCGCUCUUGGAUCAGGGACUGUUCCAUUACAUUCACUUCCUCUGGGAAAGGAAAUUGACAUGACUAUUCCACUAGAGAAGGGGCUAAAUGUAGACCUGCAUGUGAAGGCUGAACAAAUGACAAAAGAUCUUGAUGUACGUCUUGGUUUUGAUUUGUGUAAAGAAGAGCGAGAAUUCUUGGAAAAAAGGAAGAAAAUGGCAUCUCGGACUCUAAAGAAGACACUGAAAUUGAGAGAGGAUCCUGAUAAAAAUGAGGUUCCUGUUGUAGCAGUUCUAGGAUCUGGUGGUGGGAUAAGAGCACUGACCGGAUUGUAUGGUAGUAUGUUUGGGCUUCAGCAGCUAAAUCUUCUGGAUUGUAUCACAUAUCUCAGUGGGGUCUCAGGCUCUUCAUGGGGCAUGUCAAUGUUGUACCAAGACUCUGAAUGGUCAUGUAAAGAUCUCAGAGAUGCCAUCAUCAGUGCCAGGGAUAAAAUAUCUAGCAGCAAAGUUGCAGCUUUUUCCUCUGAACGGCUGAAAUAUUACUUCCAAGAACUUAAUGCAAUGGAGAAUGAUGGAAGAAAGGUAUCUUUCACUGACCUGUGGGGACUUAUUGUAGAGUACUUCCUGCAGAUGAAGGACCAUCAGUCAAAACUAUCUGACCAACAGGAAGCUGUGAAACAGGCACAGAAUCCUUUCCCCAUCUAUGCCGCUGUUAAUGUGAUGCCCACUAUUAGUGGUGAUGAAUUUGCAGAAUGGAUUGAGUUCACUCCCUUUGAGGUUGGAUUUCGCAAGUAUGGUGCUUUUGUCAGGACAGAAGAUUUUGACAGUGAGUUCUUUAUGGGGCGACUGAUGAAGAGGCAUCCUGAGCCAAGGAUCUGCUACCUUCAGGGGAUAUGGGGCAGUGCAUUUGCUGCCAGUCUGGAUGAUGUCUUCUUGAAAGUGGUUGGAUCAGGCCUGACAUUUUUAGAAUCUCUGGGUGAUGUUAUCAAAGUUAUUGAUGACUGUCGCCGAUUCCAUUUCCGGGAUCCCAUGAGACUGAAAACUCGUAUGGUUAUACCAGGUGGUCCCAUGUUACAGUUUUUCCAGGAUUUCUUCAAGUCUCGUUUUACUGCUGGGGAAACUUUCAAUUUCAUGCAAGGCUUGUAUCUCCACAAGGAUUACGUCAGCCUUAAAAACUUUGUGGCCUGGAAAGGCACCCACUUAGAUGCAUUCCCUAAUCGGUUGACUCCAAUGGAAGACAGUCUGUACCUAGUGGAUGGAGGCUUCUCUAUCAAUUCACCUUUUCCUUUGAUGCUCCAACCAGAAAGAGAUGUUGAUGUCAUCCUGUCAUUCAAUUACUCUUGGGAAGCACCAUUUGAGAUCCUAGAGUUGACUCAGAAAUACUGUGAAGAACGUGACAUUCCCUUCCCACAAAUCAAUGUGAGCAAAGAAGAUGAAAAAAAUCCUAAGGAAUGCUACCUGUUUAUGGAUGUGGAGAAUCCAAAAGUUCCCAUUGUGCUUCACUUCCCCCUAAUAAAUGAUACUUUCUGCAAAUACAAAGCACCAGGUAUAGAACGUGAAUCAGAAGAAGAGAAACUGCUUGGUAAUUUUGAAGUCGAGGCAAAAGACUCUCCUUACCGGACGCUGAACUUCACCUAUGAAUCCCAUGAAUUUGAUAGACUGAUAGACUUGAGUUGCUAUAAUGUAUUAAAUAACAAGGGUGCUAUUUUGGAUGCACUACGUUUAGGUUUAAGCAGACGAAAACGAAAAAGCAGGACACGAGCGCUGUCUAAAGCAGAUUGUUAUGUGGCACUGAAACUUCCUACAGCAUCUCCAUUGGUAAAAAGGACAGAAGUUAUCUAUAAUUCCAGUAAUCCAGAAUGGAAUGAAACUUUUGAAUACCGUGUUCACAGUGCUGUGAAGAAUAUUUUGGAACUAACUUUCUACAACAGAGAUCUUGUGCUGAGCAGUUUAAGCAAUCAUGCCACUUCAAUUGCUUUUGAUACGGGAAAUAUUGCCCCAGGAGAGAUUUUGAAUCAUACAUUUGUCCUAAAUUCUCAGGCACCUUCCUGUCUGAGUAUUGAAGGAACAAUCAAUAAAAGUGAGACGGCUCCAUGGAUAAUUCAAGAGAACUGCCAAAUCAAAUUAUCUGUACCAGGAUCCUUUGAAAACCAGUUAUCAACGUUUUGUGGUGCUGCCUCAGAACAACAGCGGAAGAUCCCAUUCAUUUUCCAUGUGAGCAAAGACAUUUUCCCCACAUUGAACCUGGAAUUGCUGCAAACCACAGCGAUGCUAGAGGAAGGAUGGAGUGAAGAUUUACAUAUGAAGACUUCAGUCAUAGGGAAUGGAGCUAUUCCAAUUUCUGAGCUCCCCCUUGGGAAAAAAGUGGAAUUGACUGUUCCUUUAGGACAGGGGCAAGUUGUGGAUUUGACUGUGAAAGCUGAAGAAAGUCCACUUGAUAUGGAGGUACGCCUUAGUUCUGGCCUCUCUAGAGGAGAGCGAAAUUUUUUGGAAAGGAGAAAAGAAAUAAUUGCCAAUACUCUCAAGAAAGUACUUGAUUUGCAAGUGGCCCCCAAGAAAGAUCAGGUACCUGUAGUGGCUGUUGUAGCAUCCGGAGGAGGGAUGAGAGCAAUGACAGGAUGUUAUGGCAACUUGCUUGGCCUGCAGCAGCUGGGCUUCUUAGAUGUCUUGACAUACCUUUGUGGCAUCUCAGGGUCUACUUGGUGUAUAUCCACACUCUACAAAGAUUCUCACUGGUCAAGAAAUAAUCUUCAGGAUGCAAUUAACAAUGCCCAGAAUAUUGCGACAAGGGCAAAAGUUGGAGCAUUUUCUGCAGAACAACUGGCAUAUUACUUUCAGGAAUUAAUUGCCAAAGAGAAAGAAGGAAAGAAAGCCACGCUCGUUGACUUAUGGGGACUCAUCAUAGAAUAUAUCCUAAACAAUAAGAAGGAUCCAACCAAGCUGUCUGAUCAACAAGAAGCUGUCAAGUGGGGACAAAACCCCUUCCCUAUUUAUGCAGCUCAGAAUGUGAGGACUACUGUGAAAUCCCGUGAAUUUACAGAAUGGUGUGAGUUUACGCCUUAUGAAUUUGGAUUCUAUAAAUAUGGAGCUUUUAUCAGCACAGAAGACUACAAUAGUAAAUUUUUCAUGGGUUUUCUGCUUGAGAAACAUCAGGAACCCAGGAUCUGUUUCCUCCAAGGAAUUUGGGCAAGUGCAUUUGCUGCCAACAUAGAGGACAUCUGGGAGGAUACAAUGGCUUCAGAUGCGGUUUUCAUAGAAUCUGUGAAAGGUGCCAUCAAAAUUGUAGAUGAACUCUGGGGUUCUCAGUCCAUGGACUCUUCCCAGAGACAAACCCAGCUGAUCAUGCCAGGAGGAGCCUUUACACAGUUAUUUUACAGUUUACUUAAGUCACGACUUACUACUGGGGAAAACUUUAAUUUUCUGCAAGGGCUGUAUCUUCACAGGGAUUAUACCAAUGAUAAGGAAUUUGUAGCUUGGAAAGAGACUCACCUGGAUGCAGUGCCCAAUCAGCUGACCCCUGGAGAAAACAGUCUGCACUUGGUUGACGGGGCAUUUGCUAUCAAUUCUCCAUUUCCAUUGGUACUCCAGCCUGAGAGAGAUGUGGAUAUCAUCUUAUCAUUUGAUUAUUCCUGGAAUUCUCCCUUUGAGGUCUUGCAUCAGGCUCAGAUGUACUGUGAAGAAAGAGGAAUUCCUUUUCCACACAUCACUGUGACAGAUAACGAUAGAAACAACCCAAAAGAAUGUUAUGUGUUUUUGGAUGCCGACAAUCCAAAGGCUCCCAUAGUGGUUCAUUUCCCACUGGUGAACAACACAUUUAAAAAAUACAAAGCACCAGGAGUAAAACGUGAACCGGAAGAGAUGCCAUUUGCAGAUUUUCACCUAUUUACAGCAGAUUCUCCUUAUGGUUCCACAAGCCUCACCUAUCAGCCAAUGCAAUUUGACAGAUUGCUGCAACUGAGCUGUUACAAUGUGAUGAAUAACAAGGAUGCUAUUUUAAAAGCUCUUCACCUGGCCAUGAACAGAAGGAAGUUGAAGAAAGAGAACCAAAAAUGAGAUGCAGCCUUGUUUAAGCAGGAACAGGUCUUUGGGGAACAGAAUACUGGAAUGUUGUAGUAAAUGAAAAAGCACAUGCAACUGAUUCAUAAGACACUUUAAAGCUUCAACCAUUAUCAUAUAUGUA